AUGAUUUACGGUGUCCGCUUCUUAGCCAAGGCUCAGGCCUGCCUCCGUCUCCACAGCCUCCUACUUCGCCAGUGCCUCGCAGAGCUCCUGGGGGUCUUCAUGUUGAUCGUGAUUACUCUGAGUUCAUCUGCACAGGCCAUCACCAGCGAAGGGACGAAGGGUGGCUAUUUCAGCUCGGCUCUGGCAAGUGGAGUUGCUGUGAUGGUAGCCAUCCACGUUGCGGGAGGAGUCUCCGGAGGGCACUUAAAUCCAGCCUUUUCGCUCACCAUGUGUCUGCUUGGCCAAUGUCCGUGGUGGAAACUGCCCAUCUUCUCUGUCGUUCAGACCAUGGGAGCCUUUUUGGGCGCAGGAACAGUCUACAUGCUCUAUUACGACGCCAUCCACAGCUACAGCAACGGGACCCUUGCAGUCACCGGACCCCGAGAAACCGCCUCCAUCUUUGCCACCUACCCAGCUCCCUAUCUGUCGCUUGGCAACGGCUUCUUUGACCAGGUCCUGGGCACUGGGGUGCUGAUAUUCAGCAUCCUGGCCAUUAUCGACUCCCGGAACAGGCGCAUCCCACAUGGACUGGAGCCCAUGGGGGUGGGCUUGCUGGUCACCGCUCUCAGCCUGGCAAUGGGAGCCAACUGUAGCUGCGCCAUCAACCCAGCCCGGGACCUGGGCCCACGGCUCUUCACCUACCUGGCCGGAUGGGGGCCCCAGGUGUUCAGUGCCGGAAACUACUGGUGUUGGGUUCCAAUCGUGGCUCCGAUGGUGGGGGCCACCAUUGGGACGGCUUUGUAUGAGCUCGGGGUGGAGUUUCACCACCCGCCGUCCCAGAACAAGGAAGAGGCCUUGACCACCAAGAAGCAUCACCCAGGGACGGAAAAGGAUACGGAGAUCCCAAUUUAUGCCGUGAAUAAGUACGCAGAGGAUUGGAAAGGCGGGAACACAGGCGUCCCUCCGGAUGGGGGCCAUAGCAAAUGGGAAACUUCAAAUUCCUUUUAAAACGGGACAGGCGCUGGAAGAGGCGAGAGAGUUAAUCCUUUCGUUUUUAUAUAUUGGAUGGAGUUGUUGUUAUUGGUUUUAUGAUUGA